AUGACGCUCUUCUUCCUCGCCUGCCUGCUGGCUGUCCUCCCAGUGGUCUCCAUGAAGAGUCCCAUUUUUGGUCCCCAGGAGAUGAGCAGAAUGGAAGGCAGCUCGGCUUCCAUCACCUGCUACUACCCAGACGCCUCCGUCAACCGGCACUCUCGGAAGUACUGGUGCAAGCAGGGAGCCAAGGGCCGUUGCACAACCCUCAUCUCGGAUAGCUACGUCUCCAAGGGCUACGAGGGCAGAGCCAGUAUCACCGACUACCCAGAGAAUAACACGUUUGUGGUAAACAUUGGCCAUCUCACCCAGAGUGACUCUGGGAGCUACAAGUGUGGUUUGGGCAUUAUUAACGAAGGCCUGUCCUUUGAUGUGAGCCUGGAGGUCCUCCCAGGUCCUGGGCUCCUAAAUGGCACUCAAGUCUAUACAGGAAAACUGGGCAAAACAGUGACCAUCAAAUGCCCUUUCAAGCCUGAGAAUGUAAUGGAGGUAAAGUCUGUGUUCAGGGAGUUAGAUGGCGCCGAACCUUACCUAGUCACCGACACCACUGGGUAUGUGGACAACGACUACAAGGACAGAGUUGAGAUCUCUAUUAUGGGCACCAGCCAACUAGAAUUCAGCUUCGUCAUCAAGCAACUCCAGCUCAGUGAUGCAGGGAAGUAUGUCUGCCAGGCUGGGCCUAAAAAUAAAAAUGACAGAAGCAAUGUUUACCUGCACGUGCUGAAGCCGGAGCCUCAGCUGCUUUAUGGAGACCUGAGGGGCUCAGUGAUCUUCUCCUGUACCCUGGGCCCAGAGGAGGAAACUCUGACCAAAUUUCUGUGCCGGAUGAGCAAAGGGAAAGCCUGCGAAGUGGUCGUCAAUACGCAGGGGAAGAUGGCUGAGGCCUUUGAGGGAAGGAUCCUGAUUGCUCCUGAGGACAAAACCUUCUUCAAGGUGCACAUUGCUGACCUGAGGAAAGAAGACGCAGGGAGCUACCUGUGUGGGGCCCACGCCACUGGUGGCCCUCAGGAAGGCUUGUCCAUGCAGCCUUGGCAACUCUUCAUCAAUGAAGACACGAGGAUCCCCCGAAGUCCCUCCGUGGUGAAAGGUGUGGUUGGAGGCUCUGUGGCCAUGCUCUGCCCAUACAACCCUAAGGACAGAAAUAGCCAGAAGCACUGGUGUCGCUGGGAUAAGGAGAACAGUGACUGCACCCUGCUGGUGAGCAGCGAGGGCCUGGAUGAGAAGCAAUACGAACCCUACGAGGGCAGGCUCACCCUGCACGAAGAGCCCGGCAACGGCUCCUACACAGUCAUUCUCAACCAGCUCACCGCCCAGGACGCCGGCUUCUACUGGUGUCUGACCAGCGGUGACACUCGCUGGUGGUUCCCAGUGGAGCUCAAGAUUGUUGAGGGAGAGCCAAACCUCGAGGCACCCAAGGAGGCCACUGCUUGGCUGGGAGAGACUCUCAAUCUGCCUUGCCGCUCGCCCUGCAAAUUCUACUCCUACGAGAAAUACUGGUGCAAGUGGAGCAACGAAGGUUGCAAGGCACUGCCCAGCCAACAGGAGGGCUCCAGGCAGGCCUCUGUGAACUGCGACCCGAACAACCAGCUCACCUCCCUGAUCCUGAACCCAGUCACCAAGGACGAUGAGGGGUGGUACUGGUGCGGGGUGAAGAAUGGCCCCCGAUUUGGAGACACCAUCGCUGUCCACGUGGCGGUCAAGGAGAGGGCAAAGGCGUCCCAAGAUGUCAACCAACUGAAUGCGGCUCCUGGCAAGCAAAAGAUAGAGGCACGUGCCAAGAACACUGAGGACAUCAUUCAGGGUCCCAGGCUUUUUGCAGAAGAUGUAGCAGGGAAGGAUGAUGGAGACCUGGGAGACAGGAGCAAAGCACUUGUAGAUCCUGGCAGCUCUGCAGGACAAGGAGGGAGCUCCACAGUGCUGGUCUCCACCCUUGUGCCCCUGGCCCUGGUGCUGGCACUGGGGGCCUUGGCGGUGGCAGUGGUUAGAGCCCGACACAGGAGGAACGUUGACCGGGUUUCCAUUGGAAGCUACAGGACAGACUUUAGCAUGUCGGACUUGGAGAGCUCCAGGGAUUUCGGAGCCAAUGACAACAUGGGAGCCUCUUCGGUUGUUCAGGAGACAUCUCUUGGAGGAAAAGAUGAGCUCUCGGCCACCACUGAGGACACCAAGGACACUGAUGAGCCCAAGAAGGCCAAGAGGUCCUCCAAGGAGGAAGCUGACAUGGCCCACACCGCCUUCCUGCUCCAGGCCAACCAGAUGGUGACCAGCGUCCAGGACGGCCCCAGCGAAGCCUAG